UGAACAAUCGAAUAAUCGACUAAAACAUCUCGGACUCGCCCAUUACUAAGGUUGAGACAACUAAUUUAUAUCAGUGCUUUGUUUUAUAGGACGAUAUAAAAUUUCUGCAAAGUAUAACAAUGAGUGACAAGGAACUAGCAGCAGACACAAAAGAUUGCUAUGAACCAGUGGACAAUGCGUGGACCCUAAAAGUGCCCGAGUUUAAACCUGAGGACAAUCCAAGUGGCAUGAUAGAAGAGAGCUCAUUUGCUACUCUAUUUCCUAAGUAUAGAGAAAAAUAUCUCAAGGAAGUCUGGCCACUAGUGAAACAAUGUCUCUCAGACUAUCAUUUAAAAGCGGAACUAGAUCUGGUAGAGGGUAGUAUGGUUGUGAAAACUACUCGUAAAACUUGGGAUCCUUAUAUUAUCAUCAAGGCGCGGGAUGUGAUAAAAUUGAUGGCGCGCAGCGUUCCCUUCGAGCAAGCGCGUCGUGUUUUACAAGAUGAAAUUGGCUGUGAUAUCAUUAAAAUUGGAAAUUUAGUUACAAAAAAGGAUAAGUUCGUGAAGCGCCGUCAACGCCUAAUUGGUCCCAAUGGAGCAACCCUUAAAUCAAUUGAAUUGCUUACUGAUUGCUAUAUUUUAGUGCAAGGCAAUACUGUGGCAGCCUUAGGUUCUUACAAGGGUUUGCAACAAGUGCGUGACAUUGUAAUAGAUACAAUGAAAAAUGUGCAUCCUAUUUACAAUAUCAAGGCUUUAAUGAUUAAACGUGAAUUAAUGAAAGAUCCGAAACUUGCUAACGAGGAUUGGUCGCGAUUCUUACCAAAAUGUAAAAGUAAGAAUAUUAAACGUAAACAGCCUAAGUUCAAAAAUCUAAAGAAGGAAUAUAUGCCUUUCCCAUCUCCACAAGCUGAGAGCAAAAUCGACCAACAACUCUCAACGGGAGAAUAUUUUCUCAGUAAGGAACAGAAACAAGCACGAAAACAACAAGAGCGCCAUACAAAGCAAUCUGAAUCUGCCAAAAAACAAGAGAAACGCCGCAAUGAAGAUUUUAUACCACCCAUUGAAGAUAUGCUGUCGAUAAGUCGCAAGAGUUCGCCUGAUAAACAAACUAAGGAAUUGAAUAUUAAGGCACUGAAAGCAAAGGUAGCAAAAGUCACUAAAAUUAUGAAGAAAUAAAGAUAAGAUUAGCUGCAUAUUUCUGGAUGGCCGCGUGCAUGCCUUCGAUCAGGUGUACCCAAUCGAGCGAAACUAUAACAAUGGCCCUUAUUAUGAGCUGCAUUCGAUUUUCGAUCUUCGCUGGCUAUCGAAGAUCGAAGAUCGAAAGUGA